UGAAAUGAACGUACACAAACGAUGUGAGAAGCUUGUGCCCAACCUCUGUGGUUCCGACCAUACAGAACGAAGAGGCCGUCUGGAGCUUAAAGCCUACAGCGAGGGAACGGAACUCAAAGUAGAGGUAAUUUCAGCUAAGAACCUGAUUCCCAUGGACCCUAAUGGUUUAUCCGAUCCGUACGUCAAGCUCAAACUCAUCCCGGACUCCUCAGGAAAGAGCAAGAAGAAAUCCAAGAAGAUUAAAGAAACGCUCAAUCCAGAGUUUAACGAGAGCUUUACUUUCAAAUUGAAAGACGAGGACAAAUCUCGGCGGUUAUUGGUGGAGGUAUGGGACUGGGAUCGAACCUCGCGUAAUGACUUCAUGGGAUCGCUAUCGUUUGGUGUGUCGGAGUUGAUGAAGAAUGGAGUGGACGGUUGGUUUAAACUACUCAAUCAGGACGAAGGGGAAUAUUACAAUGUCCCUGCCGUGGCCGAAGAUAUUAGCAUUAGUGAAUUACAAGAAAGAAGGAAGAGGGAGAAUAUAUCAACUAAGUUUGACAGUGACAUGUCUAAGAAAGAUCUAUCACAGAGGAACGUUGGGGACAUGGUGCGAGCCAGCGAUUUCAACUUCAUCACUGUACUUGGAAAAGGCAGCUUUGGAAAGGUGAUGCUAGCAGAGAAGAAAGGAACCGAAGAGCUCUAUGCAAUCAAGGUCCUGAAGAAAGACGUCAUCGUCCAAGAUGACGACAUCGAAUGUACCAUGACGGAGAAGAGAGUCUUGGCCCUCGAGAGCAAGCCACUGUUUCUAACCCAGCUGCAUUCAUGUUUCCAGACGGCCGACCGGCUCUACUUCGUCAUGGAGUACGUCAACGGAGGAGACCUUAUGUUUCAGAUUCAAAAAGUCGGCAAAUUCAAGGAACCUCAUGCUGUAUUCUACGCAGCGGAGAUAUGUAUAGGUCUACUCUACAUGCACAGUAAGGGAGUCAUUUACAGAGAUCUGAAGCUUGACAAUGUUCUACUCGACUCAGAAGGACACAUCAAAAUUGCCGACUUCGGCAUGUGCAAAGAGGACAUGACUGACGAGAAAACUACAAGAACAUUCUGUGGUACGCCAGACUACAUUGCACCAGAGAUUGUUGCCUUACAGCCAUAUGGCAGAGCAGUAGACUGGUGGGCUUAUGGUGUAUUACUCUAUGAAAUGUUAGCUGGUCAGCCUCCGUUCGACGGUGAAGAUGAAGAUGAAUUAUUCCAGUCUAUCAUGGAGCAUAACGUUUCCUACCCCAAGUCUAUGUCUAAAGAAGCUGUCUCUAUCUGUAGAGGGUUUCUAACCAAGCACCCUGCUAAGAGGCUCGGAAGCGCCAACGCUGAGAAGGAUAUUCAAGAGCAUCCAUUCUUUCGUCGUAUCGACUGGGGAAAGCUCGUCAACAGGGAGGUCCAACCUCCCUUUGUCCCCAAAAUUAAAUCCUCCAGAGCCGCUGAAAAUUUUGACCCCUAUUUCACCAACAACCCGGUGACCCUGACCCCGACUGACCAAAUGAUUAUCCGAGCUCUGAACGAAGACGAUUUCGCCGGAUUCAGCUAUGUCAACCCUUAUUUCCAGUGACAAACGUAGUGUGGUGGUCGGGGAGCCUUAUCCAUGCGCUUACCCUCUCCAAGAAGCUGUCAUUUCCUCUGUUGUUUGUAUCGUAGAAACCCUAUAUAUUUUUGUUGUGUACCAUUGUUUCGUAGUGCUGCAUUGUUUGUUUUUUGAGUACGGAAGGGGAACCAUGCCGCAAUUGCGUGAAGGGAUUGAUAAGGGUGUUGUUGAUGUGUUAUUUGAGACAAUUUAUUCUGGCGUAACUGGACUUGUUGUGGUUGUAUGUUGCAACUCUGAGAAAGGAAGUUUCAAAAUGUGCGUUUUGGUUUGUUGCGAGUCGCUAAAAAACUAUUUUAUUUCAAGAUGCAAAUAAGAAGUGAAUGGCUCUACCUUUCAAACCCAGUAGGUUGAGGUAAAGUUGGUUGAAAGGGUUAUUACAGUGCAGUCAAAACUAUCAAACUUUUUUUGACCAAUUUUGGAAAAAAAAAAUUUCUAUACUUAUUUUGAUCCAGGAAAAACAUGAUCUCGGUGUUUUCUAAGGUUAAUAUUCAUAUUUCAGAGAACACUUUGUAUGACACAUUUAAUUAAGUCUAGAAGAUGGGAAACAAAGUAAACCGUGAAGAAUUUUCGGAACUAUACCAAAAUCUAUUGAGUUUAAAAUCAAAUAAAAGUGCACCCAUCAGACCAACCCCAAGUUUUUCAAAAUCUUGGCUUAGGCUCAGGCUUCAAUUUUAGAGCAGUGUGCAUUUUGUACAGUGCUGCAUAAGUCGAGCAUGGAGCCAGAUAAGUUUACCCAAAGUUUGGAAAACGCCUGUUUGAUCUUUCUGCUUUGCUUGCAACUUGUAGCAUGGUCCCCCUUGCUAUUUAGUGCUUUUUAUUAGGCCUUAAAUCAGGAUACCAGAGUUGCUUUUAUCACCAAUGGUUUUCUAUAGCUUUUUAAACUAGUCUUAUAUACAAACAGCCAUCAGUAGCUAUAUUAGAGCAGAACUUUUUUUACUAGUGGUUCACUGCAUAUUUUGUAACGGGUAAAUUUUGAAUGUAAUUUGCGAGAAUAUUUAAUCUGUGUUUUUUUUUAAUUUCUGUCAGUUUAAAAUCAUGGUUUGAUCUCUUCAUCCACGAGUAUUUUGUGUCACUGAAAUCAUUGAAAUCAUUAACUGAAAUUAUUAUUUGGCUGAGUGUUUAGCCAUGCAGGACGAUUGUUCAAUUCUAAACGUGGCCGAAAAUGAGGGAAUAAGUCGUUUAUUUGAUCUGUUAACUUGUUUUGUUAUUUGAUUGGACUGCAUGGCAUGUAAUAAUUGCACGGUAUGACACAUUGGACUCUGUUAAAUUGACCGGUGAAGCCACCUUUUUACCACUUCACUUGCGCCAUUUUACCACUCCUUUUGCGCCAUUUUCCCACUCCCUACAGAAACAAAAGAGUGUUGUCAGCUCAAUAGUAAUUUGAUUUGGUUCCCUGUCUCCCAAUCAAUUGACUCAACAAGUCGGUUACCAGUUGGUUUGAACAGCAUCAUCACCGCGCUCAACCGAACACGCAGCAAAAACGCUCAACCGAUGACCAAUGUUUCUGGUUGCGGUCGCCAAAACGCACUCCAAAUGUCCUCUCAUGUAUUCGUGCUCAAAGUGCAACUAAAAGUGAGUGGCAACAUGGCUGCCUUUUGGCUACAGACUUUUGGCUUCAAUUUUGCCGUAUUAGUAUUCCCAUGAAAUUAUGUAUGCCUGGAUGGCUUGACAGGAAUUUACUUUACGUCAGCUUAACCAGAUCCAGUGUGUUGGAAUGAUCCAUGCAUGGUUUGACUGUGAACUGAUGUCAUGUCAUUUUUAGUUCCCCUCCUCCCCUCUUUUUUUAUCUUUUUUUCCGCAUCAGUACUCUAGGUAAAAUUUCAGAAGUAAGGAGCAAUUUUUUACAAUUUUUAUGCAUACUUUCUGAAGCUUUAAUGUUUGCUGUGAAAUAAUAUAUGCAAAGUAAAAUCCAUACACCAUAGCACAACUCUAAAAUCACCUUUAAAUAAUUUAGGCAUACAAUUCUCGUUUUUGAGUUCUUAGCUAUGCCAUUACAAAUUUGACAGCACUGUGCAAAGUCUUGCGCUGUCUGGCAUUAUCUAUUUUUUUUUUUAUGGCUCAAAAUUAAUCCCACAGUACAUGAUAGUGCAGUAAUAUUUUUCAAUUAUCAGAACUGAGGCGAAGGAAAUUGGAGCUUUGCUGUUUGGGAUUUUGACCUAAAAUCAAUUAUUUCAAAUCUGUAAUAUUGAAAAGUCCUUCAAUAUUGUGGUAGAAAAAAGAAAUUUUGGUACGUCAAGGUUUUCUCUCGUAUGCAAAAAUUGGUUCAGAAAAUAAGUGUGAUUUGAUUGAGUCUAAACAGUACUGUCUUUAUUUAUUAUGCCAGUAUAAGUUGAAGACCAAUGAAAAUUUUUGAAUUUUUGUUACAAACAAAUUGAAACCAUCAUACUUUUUAAUUCACCACCGAUUUCAAUUGCGUUUUAUUUUAUAUGAUUAUAUAAAUUGUGAGAAAAUAAAAAUUUGUUGUGCAAGAAAUGAUACUCGCCAAAAAAAUACUCUAAAAAUAGAUUAAUUAUAAUAACAAACCAAACUACCAGAUAUCUAAUAAUUGUGUAAAAUAUGAAAUAUGUUUUGUAAAACUCCACCAGUACUAUUUUUGAGAGACUAUUGGUUUAGGUGAAGAUUUUUAUUCCAACCACCAAGUAUAAAAUCAAGAAUUUCCUCGGCAAAGACCAAGAAAGUGAAUUUUUGAGACAGAAAUUAAAAUUUUCAGGGGAGUUGGUACCAGUGCUAUCUUUAUACUAAUUGAUCUUUUUAAGAUUUAAAUUAAACUAAUCAACCGGACUAUCUCUGAAACAAGACCAUAAAUUUAGUCAUUGAAUAGUCCUUCAAGAAAACCUAAUUUCAUUGAGCGGACUUAUUCACUCCACCAAGAACAAAAAAUGUAAUUAUUUCAUCAGUACAAAAGCAUUCAAUAUUUCUCAAAGCUGGAACGUUAAAGGAAGAGGGUGGAGAAAAUGUUGUUUGUUACAGCCAAAAUAAUAUUGAAGCAGGGCGACCAAGACAGUAGCAUAGAGAGGGAGAGGUUAUAUAUGUAAGGUAGAAUUUCUUUCAGGAUUACUUGUUCAAAGUUAUUCACGUCAAAGAGGGUGCUCUAGGUAUCCUUUAUGUGUGUUUUUUUAGGUGUGUUUGAAGUGAACACAGAUUUAAAUUGCAAAUUUUGACACCCUUUCCAGACACCAGCAAAACAUUUUAAUUGUAUAUGAUUUUAGUUUGGUUAGAUUGUGUUAUUUUAAACAUAUCAUCAUUAUUGGAGAAGGUCGGUUUGGAUCGAAAGCUAAGACCAUCUACCCUACUCAUUUUAUAUAUAACAUAUGGACAUAUAUCUAGGAAAAUUAUGGUCUGUAAAUAAUGCUUUUAUGCUUUAUCUUUUCACCUCAAUCCCGCCCUCUUGUUUUUUUCAAAUAAUGCCACACCCCUUGUCUUCGUCAUCAAUUUUCCCCUUCACUGUCCGUCACCGCUUGUCUUUUAUUCCCUGGUGCCCUCCACAAUGCAGAAAGGAUCCCAAGACACCAGUAACUUCGACAAGGAGUUCACUCGAGAGGAACCAGUGUUAACCCCGACCGACAAAUUGUUCAUCAUGAAUUUG